GUUCCUGAGCGGCGGACACGCAUUUGACGCCAAGGCUAACUUUUGACAUCUGAGACUGGAACAGUGAGCUCCUGUGCCCAGGCCUUCCCCGGAUAUCUCAGUCGCAAUUAGCAGGUGCUCAAUGUUCUGUCGCCACUACUUUGGUCGCUGAUCCUACGGCGAGUCCCUCUUGUACCAGCAACAGCUGUCUCAGCGAUUGCCAGCGGCUUCCCAACAAACAAGAGAAAAUGCCUCUUCCCUCAUCACAGCCAUCAUCUUCCCCGGCAUUGAAACGGAAACAGUCAACUAUCGCGAGCUUCUUCACAAAGAAACCACAAACUGUUCAACGAGAUUCGGUCAAUGUCGACAAAGAGCAAAGCUCAGAAGGCACGGCCGAGAAACCGUUAACCAAGGAACCAGUACCGAAACAAGAGACUGGCUUGAUCGAUGAUGAGGACGAUGAUAUAGUGGUACCCGCUCCUAAGAGAGCCAGAACAAGCAGGCCUCGGUCUGGAGAUAGAGAUGAAGGUCCAAACCCAACGUCUGCUUCGACCACCGAGCGACCUUCGGUGCUGGGUAGUAGCCAACGGACUGAAUUAUUCAGGUUUGCUAGUUCACCUGCUGUGCCCGCUGGCACGGAAGAGGACCAAGAGACAACUGAACCCGAAGCCAAGCAAAGACAAAAGGAGAGAGAAGAGCUACACCAGAAGUUCGUUCGGAAGCUGGGUGGCGCAGACUGCCUGAUUGGCAUCGGUAGGAAUGCUGUCAGCGAAGUCAUUUCUGCCGAGGAUGGUGCCGAGGCAGAAGAUGACGAGGAACCAGCACCUCCUCCCACUAAGGGCAAGGCCACUGCAAAGAAAGGAGGAAGCAAGCUCACCCCAAUGGAGAAACAAGUUAUCGACAUAAAGCGCAAGCAUAUGGAUACGGUUUUAGUAGUCGAGGUCGGCUACAAGUUCCGGUUUUUCGGCGAAGAUGCGAGGGUCGCUGCGAAGGAAUUGUCUAUAGUCUGCAUCCCUGGGAAAUUAAGAUUUGAUGAGCAUCCCUCUGAAGCACACCUCGACCGUUUCGCCUCCGCCAGUAUACCGGUUCACAGACUACACGUUCAUGUGAAGCGCCUCGUUGCUGCAGGUCAUAAAGUCGGCGUCGUAAGACAGAUAGAAACUGCUGCCCUCAAGGCAGCAGGUGACAACCGCAACGCGCCCUUCGUGCGCAAGCUCACCAAUCUAUACACGAAAGGUACAUAUAUCGAUGACGUGGAGGGAUUAGAAGGGCCUAUGCCUGCAGCAUCUGGUGGCGCUUCGCCGGCGACUGGCUAUCUGCUUUGCAUUACUGAGACAAACGCCAAAGGCUGGGGUAACGAUGAGAAGGUUCAGGUGGGAAUUGUAGCAGUUCAGCCGGCUACAGGAGACAUCAUCUAUGAUGAUUUCGAAGACGGUUUUAUGAGGAGCGAAAUCGAAACGAGGCUACUGCAUAUUGCACCCUGCGAGGUUCUGAUUGUCGGCGAGCUAUCGAAGGCCACGGAGAAGCUUGUUCAACACCUCUCUGGAAGCAAGUUGAACGUCUUCGGUGACAAGACUCGCGUGGAACGUGUUUCCAAGUCAAAGACCGCUGCGGCCGAGUCCCAUAGUCAUGUUUCAAGCUUUUAUGCAGGGAAAAUGAAGACGGCCAGUGCUGCAGAUGACGCGCAGGCGAGUAGCCUACUUCAGAAGGUUCUCAAUCUGCCAGAACAAGUAACCAUCUGUCUUUCAUCCAUGAUUGAGCACAUGAAAGAGUACGGCCUGGAAUAUGUCUUUGAGUUGACCAAGUAUUUCCAACACUUUUCUUCUCGCUCACACAUGCUUCUCAAUGGGAACACCCUCAUGAGUCUCGAGAUCUACCAAAACCAGACCGACCACACCACCAAAGGCAGUCUCUUUUGGACGCUUGACCGGACGCAAACGCGCUUUGGGCAAAGGCUGCUUAGGAAAUGGGUCGGACGUCCUCUGCUAGAUAAGUCGAGGCUCGAAGAGAGGGUGAACGCCGUUGAGGAGCUACAGAACCCAGAAAGAACGGUCAUGGUAGAACGACUCAAAGCUUUACUUGGUAAGGUUAGGAGCGACCUGGAAAAGAGCUUAAUCCGAAUUUAUUAUGGCAAAUGUACUCGACCGGAACUCCUCACUGUGUUACAGACGAUGCAGAUGAUCGCGCAGGAAUUUUCCGACGUGAAGUCCUCUGCCGAUACCGGAUUUGCAUCGGCUGCCAUUAACGAAGCGAUCACUUCUCUCCCGACCAUCUUGGAAGAUGUUGUGGCUUUUCUGGACAAGAUCAACAUGCAUGCUGCGAAGAGUGACGACAAGUAUGCCUUUUUCCGCGAAGCCGAAGAGACAGAGGAUAUCAGCGAUCAGAAGCUUGGAAUCGCUAGUGUCGAACAUGAGCUGCAGGAACAUCGCUCUGUCGCCGGUGAGAAGCUUGGGAGGAAGACGGUUGAAUACAAAUCUGUUGCAGGCAUCGACUAUCUGAUUGAGGUUGAGAACAGUUCAGCCUCUAUCAAACGGGUCCCUGCAUCUUGGGUGAAAGUCAGCGGCACCAAGAAGGUCUCGAGGUUCCAUACACCGGAAGUGAUCCAACUCAUCCGACAGCGAGAUCAACAUAAAGAGGCGUUGGCUGCGGCUUGUGACAAGGCUUUCAUAGCCCUCCUAGCCGAUAUAGCAACCAAAUACCAACCUUUCCGUGACUGUGUGCAGGCGCUGGCCACGCUUGACUGCUUGAUCUCUCUGGCUACGAUAGCUUGCCAACCGGGAUAUGUGAAGCCCGAAUAUACGGACCAUACAUGCAUCCAAGUGGACCAGGGUCGCCACCCGAUGGUUGAACAGCUUUUGUUGGACAGCUACGUGCCCAACGAUAUCGACUUGGAUACCGACAAGACACGUGCCCUUCUGGUCACCGGCCCCAAUAUGGGCGGCAAGUCCAGCUAUGUACGACAAGUGGCCCUCAUUGCCAUUAUGGGACAAAUUGGCUCGUAUGUCCCCGCGCGAGCGGCGAAGCUUGGUAUGUUGGACGCCGUUUUCACUCGCAUGGGUGCUUUCGACAACAUGCUGGCGGGCGAGUCUACAUUCAUGGUCGAACUUUCUGAAACUGCGGACAUACUUAAACAGGCGACCCCUCGGUCACUUGUCAUCCUGGAUGAAUUGGGCCGAGGUACGUCCACGCAUGAUGGCGUUGCAAUCGCGCAAGCUGUCCUCGACUAUAUGGUGCGGUCGAUUAGGAGCCUCACCCUCUUCAUUACACAUUAUCAGCAUCUCUCAUCAGUCGCACAUACCUUCGCCGAUCAGGCACUACGAAACGUGCACAUGCGCUUCACCGAAUCGGGAACCGGAACGGAUGAAGAAAUCACCUUUCUUUACGAGGUGAGCGAGGGCGUGGCACACCGCAGUUACGGAUUGAAUGUUGCACGAUUAGCAAACCUGCCUGGGCUAUUGCUGGAACAAGCCCGGCAGAAAAGUAAAGAGCUGGAGGAGAACAUCCGCCGUCGGAAACUUGCUGGUCUUGUGACGGCGGUUGGAGAGGUCAUGGAAGGCUCCAAAGGCGAUGACAUGAUGGAGCGACUUGUUAGCAGCGCGGAGCAGCUAUGAUUGAUUAGCUACGCGGCUGAUCAUGGUGUCGAGCCGCUUUUGAUGCGCCCGGCAUUGUUGGAAGUGCAUGACUACAAGCUAUGUGCCUGGGUAGAUAGAUGUAUGAUAUGGAUGGCUUGUGCAAAGCAGCUGUUUCCACAAUUGACCGUACGGUUGACGCUUCUACAAAUAGGCCAGGGGAAUUUACUAUGGGCCAACAGCUCUACCACGGAACAAGCACCGAGCACCCUUAUAGACCAAUUAUCCAGGAUAAUCGGAAACUGAGACCAAAACUGUCAAAGGCCGGCAUUGGAUAUCAAUUGCGACUCCCUCAACCGCCAAUCCCACAAAACGAUCCGGAGAUGCUGGUGCAAGUACGCGGGAAACCAGACCCGGGGAAUCAAUCGCCAAGCGCAAGA